AUGAUCUGGUUAGGCUUUCUACUUAUUUUUUCAGCUUUAGGCGAUGAAAGUACUCAAAAUAUUCCUGUGAACGCUUGUCUCGAAAUUCAAGAAGUGAAUCCAGAGCUACCAAUAAACAGUUCGGAAACGGUGUCAUUUCCAAACGGAACAAACAAUAGUUUUCUUGAAAACAAGGCAUGUUCCUGGUCAAUAAACAUCCCAGCCAACUAUUUUGUGAUUCUUUAUAUCAAUGCAACUGUCCCGAUCGGAGGGGAUAUUUCUGUUACGCAGGCGCCCAAUCACACUGAAAAAUUUUUGGAUGGCCACGUGGAAGUUGCACUUCUCUUUGUGGCUCCGAAGUUUGAUCUACAUUGGUUUUCUGGAAAGUCUUCGAAUGGAAGUAUUCAUUUUACAGUCAAUUGGCAGCCAUUUCCCGAAAACAUGACAUCCAGAAUCUAUAAUUUGGAAAAUAAUAGUUCCUCAAUAAUAUUGGAUCAUAAGGACACAUACUCUCCAGUUGUAUUCCAUGCAGCUACAAAAGUAUCAAUUCUCUGCUUACCCGGGACUCUGAAAGAAGAAGAUACGUAUCUGAGAACUGUGAUAGUAUUCGAUGGCCCUGAUACAAAUAGUCCAUUCUUGGGAAGUUUGUAUUCGAUCAAUCAACUGAGAUCUCAAUUGAUAUCCACCAACUCAACUGUCACUAUCUUCUCGAUUGUUCCAAUUAUGUCUCAUCAUUUUGUUAUAGUUCAGGAUGCAUCAAUGUAUCAAAAUAUCAGUCAAAUAACUGGACUCAAUGUGAAUGACUCUUCAAUUGAAGUCGUUAAAAUGGGAUCACAGCCUGGGAAGUCUGUUGUCUUCACUCAUAUCAACAAUCCAUUAAUCGAUGAAUAUUUGACUGCGGUGGAAUUAGAAGAAGGAUCAGAACUUCAAGUAUAUUUUGAGGGUCUUUCUGAAAAUCAAAGAAUCGCAACCUACACAACACGGAACAACAAGACUCACUUACCUCAAAAACUUCAAGGACGUCUUCGAUAUUAUGUGUUGUCAUCUGGAAAUGCCACGUUGUCAUUGACAAGAGACAAGUGGAAAGCAAAAUGGGAGAAGGCUUUUGAGGGAAGACGAGGAUUUUUCACUUCGAAAUAUUGGAAAAAUGACAAAAAAGAGAUGGGAAUGCAGCAAGAUUCGUUUCAUUUCAUUGGAGAAGAAGUGAAGAAUGCAACGAAAUUCAAAUUUUCUUAUCGUUUCAUUGAAGCCGAUUUAACGGCAGAAAACAGUAUCCAUGUCGUUGUUUCGGAUAAUGUUCAAAGAAUUCAUUAUUAUGAUCAUCGAACUGCUUCUGAAUACACAAAUGACACUCAAUGGUAUUCACACGAAGGACACUCGAUUUCAUUGGUUUAUUCAUCUCCGAAUAAUGAUCAAUCCACUGGAUUCUAUGCUGAAUUUCAAAUUGACUCAUCUUUUGAGAACUUGUCUUUAUGUCUCUCAUCGUUUUUCAAGUUCAAAAUGAUCUCUUUUGCUCUGUUAUUUCUUGCAAUCAGCCUGAAAAAUGUCUACUGUGCCCCAGAUUGUCCGGGAACCGCAUUCAAUCUACCAGCUGACACAUCCGAAUGGACUUGGUAUCCGAACAAUUUUCAGGGAGCUCAACCUCCAUUAUUCCCGAAUAAUUUCAAUUGUAACUACAAAAUAAAUGUACCACAAGGAUGGAGUGUUGAUAUGAUAUUGACAGUGAAUAUGACCAUUCCACAGGAUUUUGCAGCUUCAGUUCAAGUUUUCGAUCAGAACCAAAACAGAGAAGCAGUAUAUUCUGCAAGUGCUGAACAUUUUUUCUUUAUUGCCAAUGGAGGAAGCAUUCAAUUGAAUACACGAGAACAAAAUAUUCUAUUUGGAUUCGCUCUGAAAUGGUCCAAAUAUGCUGUAUUUGCUCCAUCUCUUGGAAAUGUUACCGUAGCUGCUCCUCAACCACUCGCCUGGUGGGCUUUCGGUAGUAAUCCAUCAUACCAAAUUAAAGCUGAAACUCGUGUUUCUCUUGUCAUUGUUCCUCCGAAAGAAGACUUUUAUACGGAAUAUCUCCGAAGUAUGAUGAUUUUCGAUGGUCCCGAUUGGAAUUCUCCGUGUCUUGGAAAUGCGUUACAAGCAAUUAGAAACAAGACUCAACUUGUUUCAACUGGAAAAUAUAUGACAUUCAGUCAGUUGCGUCCCUACUAUCAAACAGGAAGAACCAUGCUUAUAUUCCAAGAUUAUGAAAAUACAAAAGAUAUUGUUCAGUAUCAAGGAUUCGCAUGUGCACACUCGAGUGAUUGUGGAACUGUAAACAUGGAUGGAACUAAUGGACUCGCUGCAAUUUCAACAAUUAACGACGAUGUAACUGCCGAGUAUUUGACAAAACUUUCGGGUUCCGGAACUUUAGAUGUUUAUAUUGGCGGAAAGUCAACGUCGAAAGCGAAUUUAAUUACCUCAUACAAAAUGGAUUCUGACACUUCAUCCUAUCUUCCACAAGAGUUUUUGGGAUACGUUCGAACUUAUGUUCUCACCGGACCAACUGCUUCUCUUAACUUGGUUCGAAAUUCUCAAGAUUUCUCGAAAACCUCUUCAGUUGGAAGGAAGGGAUUUCUCGCUUCUCGAUAUUAUAAAUACGGAGUACCAGUCGCUGAUUCGAGUACUUAUGAUUUUAUCAAGUCUUCAACAAAUCAACUUUCCACGUUUUCAUUCAUCAUCAGAGACGCCGAUUUAGUUGGGAACACCAGUUUGAGCGUAUAUAUUUCUAAAGGAGUCAAAACAAUUUAUGAACAAACGUCAAAUCAGAUUUCAUUUGUAUUCUAUUUUAACAUGCUAAACUUUUUGAUUGCAUGUUUCAUAGUUAGCACAGUUUCUACUUAUUCGUAUGAACCAGAAGACAAUGGAAACGUUCAAUGCGAUCGUACUGCUGACAUUCCCAAUUUCCAAAACUCCGAGCCGUAUUAUUUUCCAUCAUUUUGGAAUGAAAACAUAAGUGCACCGAAUAUAGCUCGUAGUCAGCAUUGUUGUUGGACUGCAUACGUUCCUGUUGGAUACUAUGCUUUUUUCUCAAUGAACGCUAGUAUCGGAGGAGAUAGUCUCUUGAAUAUAACGGAUUAUAAUGGAAAAUCUGAAAUAGUAAUGUCAAGUGAUCUACAACCAUACAUUUUUGUUGGUAAAUUCACAAUUGAUUUGACAGUUGGAUCAGCCCAAGCAACAAUUUUUGGUUUCAGAGUUCAAUGGAGCAAAAUUCCCGAUCCUAAAACUGCUCAAUAUAGUAUCAACAAAACAAGUGAUGCUCUCUAUUUUGACGAAAUGUUGGAUGAAAAUUCAGUUACGGUAACUGCUGAAACCAGAGUCAGUCUAACUGCUUUUCCAUCAGACUACCCUGACUUGACUCCACUGCUUCGUUUAACCCUUGUUUUCGAUGGACCCAAUAUUACAUCUCCUUAUAUUGGAACACUUUUUCAAGCAGUUCGAUGCAAUAAACCAAUGGUUUCUCAAUCAAAUAAAAUGACGAUAUUCACAUUUGAAGAUGAUUAUAUAGUUGGUUCUUACUUUGUCAUACAGGAUUAUUACAACGUCCAAAAAUUGACAGAAGUGAAAGGAAUAACGUGUUGGAGUCAGUCAUCAUGUCCAGUCACACUUAAUGCUGCGAAUGGACCCGUUUCAGCGAUGACGUUGAAUUUCGAUGAUGGAGAUGAAUUCGUCAAAAGACUAGAUUUGAGUCCAGACGCCGUUUUGAAAAUUUAUAUCGGAGCUAGGAGGGAAGACGAUGACUCAAACGCCAUUGCUUCUUAUGAUUUGCAACAAUCAAAGACAAGUAUUCCUCAGAAAUUCAAUGGUCAAGUGAUGACUUAUUAUUUGGAAAAUGGAACAGCACUCGUUGAAUUAGCCGAAGAUUCAAAUUACAGUAGGAUAGAUGUUUCAAACGAUGCUGAAUUGACAAUUGGAUUUGGAACUGGAUCAGGAGUGAAAGAAUACAAGUCAGCUUCUACGUUCUGGGCAUUCCUCACAGUUCUAAUAUUCUUCUUGAUGCAAUAA